AUGUUGAAUUUGGGAUUACGGCCUACCCUGGGAUCUGUCUGGUCGAUCAGCAAUGUUACGGAGGUUAUUCUCGUGGCAUGGUAUGUCAGCCCCCACACAUUCAAGGAUUUGAGCUCACGGAAUCAGACAUGGUAUUGGCAUCGAGCGCCCGAUCCGGGUUCCCGUUCCCGCUCUAUGUACAACCGCGACGAUUUUGAGAAAUGGGACGUUGAAGCUGAACAACCAGCGGACCUUGUCAUCAUCCAAAUGGGAGGGAAUGACCACCGGCACCCGAACGAGAUUCCCGGCCCCGACUUUUACCACGCGUACGUGGAGCUGAUCGAAGAUAUACACAAAACUUGGCCUCAUGCAAUUGUCCUUAUCAUGUCGCAAUGGGGCCCAUGGAGGAAAGAAGGCACUCAGUAUGUGCCACGCACCGUCUACGAGCAAGAGACCAAACGCGUGCAUGACCAUUUUAAGGACAAGGGAUUUGUCUACUACUUUCCCACGGAAGGCAUCUUGCAGCACAACGAUAUCAAUCCCAAGGACCAUCCGACCGAUGUGGGCCAUAUCAAGUUGGCGAGCCAUUUGCUUCAGUGGACGAAGCUCAUCUUACGGUGGAACCUCGAGCCAACAGGAGAGGUGCAACAUGGCACGCUAUACUGGAAUAAUCAGCAGGAGCUCCCGGCGAUAACACCUGGAGGUCCAACUUCUUCUUCGUCUUCCUCCUCUUCAACUCGCAACCACCGUCGUCAUGCUCUCCCCCGACUGAUCAUGAUGACUUCAAAACGCACUCGCGCAGCUUUUGAGGCCGAUAUUCAAUCCCAACAGUCUCCCUACGUCGUCUAUGGAACCCCGCUCCCGCCCCUCGAUGCCGGCGUCCGGGACGAUGGGUCGUACAUGCCCGUUUGGAAACAGGAGGUGACCGAUGAACGGGGUAGGAAACGACUUCAUGGUGCAUUUACCGGUGGAUUUAGUGCUGGGUAUUUCAACAGCGUCGGCUCGAAAGAAGGAUGGUCUCCCGCUACCUUCAUCUCUUCUCGCCAGAACCGCGCGCGGGAUGCGAAACAACCGGUGCAGCAACGAGCGGAGGAUUUCAUGGACGAGGAGGAUUUGCGCGAGGCAGAGGAGUCGAAGAAGCUACAGACUGCGGAGGGAUUCGCAGGCUUUGGUUCUACAGAAACGGAUGCCACGCGACGGGCAGGUCUUAUUGACUUGUUGAAGGCUGGCGGGGAGACCAUGGGAGUGAAGCUAUUGAAGAAGAUGGGGUGGCGCGAGGGUCAGGGAAUUGGUCCGAAGGUCCGACGCAAAGCCAAUCUCGACGAUAGGGCUGCCACGGGCGGAGAAGGAGCUGAACAAACCUAUCUCUUUGCGCCAGAGAAUCCUCCCAUGGUUGCCUUCAUCCGCAAGACAGACCUGAAAGGUCUUGGGUUUGAGGGAGAAACACGCCUCGGGGAACGUCUGGAGACACCUAGCGGUAAACCCGAUGAAGAGAGCUCAGAUUCGUUUUUCGAAGGGCGUCAAGCUCUGCUGGGAAAAUCAAAGAUAUCCACGGCGAAAGAAACACGCCGCGGAGGAUUUGGUGUUGGCAUCCUCAACGACACCGGCUCAGAUGAUGAGGACCCUUACUCUCUGGGCCCACAGAUCUCAUACAACAAGACCAUCGGCGGAGACAAGAAGAAAAGGAAGAAAGAUGGAAAGCCGGCUAUUGCGUCAUCCAAUCCUCUGUUGAGUUCGAAGCCCGUCUUCAUAUCGAAGAAGGUCGCAGCUGCGCGGAGUGCCGGGGGGUUCAGGAAAUGCCGUGAUGGCCGGUUGCCACUUGAUGGAUUUGUUCUUGCAGAAGGAUUCUCCGGUCUGUCUCUCUCUUCAGACAAGAAAUAUGAGUCUCCUCAAAUCCCAAACGGAUGGAAAUCAUCCAAAGCACCAUUGUCCACAGAGCAGAACCCAAAUCCGUCAGAUUACGUAUCUCCUGCCGAUGCUGCCAAAGCUUCAUCUCUGGACCCAACCUCCAGAGCCGCAGUUUUGGGUGAGGCCCAACUGCCUGGAAAGUCCAUCUUCGACUGGAUGACUCCAGAGGCUCGAGCCAGAAUUGCUAAACUUACUGGAAAAACCAAUCUUCCCCCAGCGCUAGGUGAGAAGGCCCCGAAGGGUUAUGAGCUGUCCGAGUCAGAACAGCGCAAGGAUCUCUGGGAUCUUGUACCAAAGCUAGAUAAGCAACUCGCAGUGCAAGCCUUGACACGAGCAGUCAGCGGCUGGAUGCCUUAUUCGGAAGACGAGGACAAGCGCACACGCUAUCGGACCUUUCUCGAAAUCCGUGCAGGUCUUCGAGAUUCUCUGCCGGAUCGAUUGCCCGGUUCCAGCACAGACGACUGGGUUACGGAAAUGCAAGAAUUUGCCCGGGCCGCCGAGGUAUUCAAGCCCAUGUCGGGACUAAUGGCUUCACGUUUCACCUCGGCGUCCUCGACUCCGAAAGUUGGCUCCGAUGCACCCGACUCCUCCACCGACUCGGGUCUCAGCCGGCCCGCCGAUAAGCCGGAGGACCCGGCCGUUGCAGCAGCCAAGAUCGGCAUGUUUGGCCAGAUGACCCGCAGCACUGUCUCCUUCUAUCCGGCUCGUCUGCUUUGCAAACGAUUUAAUGUCAAACCACCAUCCCAUGUGCAGCUGGAUCCAGGAGAACAGCCUGGGGGCGAUGAGGGCGGAGGACCGGGCAAGAGAUUCCAGUCGGGAGGGUACCAGACAGACACUGGGCCCAAGGCAUUGGUGUCACAGGAAGCCAUGAACCAACUUCUUCUGUCGGCAGGGCAUCCGCCUCCGCCUGGGGCUAACGAACGCGGAUCUGCACCAGAGAUCCAACGCCCUGCGGUGGAGCCGGAACGCAACGAAGCCCUGGAGGCGGAGCGACCGGGCGAUGCGGUUUUCAAGGCGAUUUUUGGCGACUCGGAGGAUGAGGGGUCGAGCUAG